AUGUUCAGUUCUCGGCGUUAUUUUGCCAGUGCUGUCACGGUCAAGCUGCGACCCUACCAAGAGUCCUGUCUUGAAGCAUGCAGGAAUGCGCUUCAGGCUGGUGCGACGCGCAUUGGCGUAUCUCUGCCAACAGGGGCUGGUAAAACAACCGUGUUCAUAUCCUUAUUGGCACAGAUCUCUCCACCAUCUCAUUCCCCAUCCACAUCACGCGCAUUAAUUAUAGUGAACAGUAUUGAGCUUGCAAGACAAGCUGCCGCUCAAGCUGCAGCACAAUUCCCACAAUGGCACGUCGAGAUUGAGCAGGGUGUCAAGCAUAAAGCAUCUGGAAAUGCAGAUGUGACAGUUGCCACUUAUCAGACACUCCUACAACCUCGGCGCCUUGCCAAGUUUCAUCCGGGUAAUCUGAAGGCGGUGAUUGUAGAUGAAGCACACCAUGCUGCUGCCCCAUCAUACCGCCGAAUUCUUGCACACUUUGAUCCUGCAAUAAAGAGUCCUGAUGUAACCUUUCAGCCUCCACAGCUGUCUCGACCUAUUCCAAUCAUCGGCUUUUCUGCCACCUUCAGUCGCCAUGAUGGGCUGGCUCUUGGCUCGGUUUUUCAACAAAUAGUUUACCAUCGUGAUUUUCUUGAGAUGAUAAAGGAACAGUGGCUUUGUGAUGUGCGUUUCACAUCCGUCAAGGCAAACAUUGACUUGCGCAAUGUCACUGUGAACUCAAAAACCGGCGACUUCAAUGCUACAAGCCUGGCCCAUAUCAUCAAUACAGAUACCGUGAAUAACCUUGUCGUGCAAGCGUGGCUCGACAGAGCGAGGCAGCGCAGAUCAACACUCGUGUUCUGCAUUAACAUUGCGCACAUACGAGCGCUGACAAACACGUUCAAAGAUUUUGGAGUUGAUGCACGUUAUCUUCACUCCGGGACGCCCGCUUCUGAGCGGCAUGCGCUGAUAACAGCUUUUAAAGCAGGCAAAUAUCCCGUGCUUGUCAACUGUGCAAUUCUUACUGAGGGCGCCGAUAUUCCAAACAUUGACUGUGUUAUAGUUGCUCGUCCGACUCGGUCACGCAAUGUCUUCGCGCAGAUGAUCGGGAGGGGGAUGCGGCAAUCACCAUUGACAGGCAAAGUGAACUGCCGUAUAAUUGACUUUGUCGACUCUACAAACCGGGUAGCUGGUGUGGUCUCGACUCCGACGCUAUUUGGUCUCGAUCCUGAAGAACUUAUCGACGGCAAGGCGUAUUCCCGUUUCGUGAAUGUGGAGCUAAUAUCUCACAUAGAUGAGUCCGUUGAGACAUUGGAGGCUCGUGCUCAGAUUGCCGUCCUUCAGGACGCAGGUGAUGAACAAGUACCAGUUAACAGCCGAGACGAUAUCCCCGAUCCAAAAUACAUAACAUAUGUCGAUUACCAGAACCCGUUCACCCUAGUGGACGGUUGCUCAGGUGCCCCUCACAUCACAAAGCUCAGCACCAAUGCAUGGGUAGGAUGUGGCGAAGACAUCUACAUCCUGGAGUGCCUAGGAAAAGGUUAUAUUCGUGUUGAGCGCGUUUCUGCUGAUGAGGGAAAUUUGACACACUAUCGCGCCACAUUUACCGAGGCGACAAUGCACAUGCCAUCUGCGAAGGCGUUUAAAGUGUCACCAUUCAUGCGGAAAAGGUUGAUCAUGACUGCGGAGACACUCAGUGAUGCGAUCCGAGGCUGCGACACUUAUGCAGCACAAAAGGUUCUUCGUGGAUCAUUGGCAUUAGGGCUACUCCGGACUGCAAAAUGGCGGAAAGCGUCUGCGACUGAUAACCAGAAGAACUUCAUCCAGAAACGGCGCGUCAAAUGCGUGCUAGAUCAAGAUACUGCUGCCGCAACCCUGCAGAACAUAACUAAGGGUGAGGCAGCCAACAUUAUCACUCGCUUGAAACACGGAGCCAAGGUAUAG